CCGAAUUAUCCGAUAAAACUGUGCGGCGCUAAUCACAACAGUCAUCAACACCACCAUGAAAACUACAGUCCUUUAUUUGUGGAAACAACUCGUGGACGGAACCAAUCGGAUUCCGGCUCCGGACAUCAUGUUCUUGCCAUCGAUCCCGAAAAGUGUUGUGCUCCAGAAGCAAAUGGUGGUACCUUCAAAGAAACGUCGGAUAUCUCUCAAAGACCACGCUCGGCGGCUGGAACCCCUAAACGCGUAACAUUGAGCCCUGACGUAGAGAUACGUGAAUAUCAGCCAGCAAAUUACUCUGAUGAUUCUGAUGACGAAGACAGUUCACCGAAGUACCAACAACAGUCCGGUUCCGACCGCCUGGGAUUUCGGAACUUUCGUGAUGUUUUCCCGAGUGAAAGGCGCCAUGCGAGAUCACUACAGCGGACAAGCAAAAUCUCACAUGAUUUCCAACUUCUAGUGCAGGGUGACUCAAAUGACUUACGCGAAACUCCUAUCCUAGCGAAAGAUGAUUCCUCUUUAAACCUGGAUUAUGAGGAAUCAUGCAAAAAUUUGGAAAUGCAAGAAAAACCCAAGCCGCCACUGCAUCAGUGCAAAAAUGAGCCAAAAAUCCAACAAACCAAGAUGGAAAAAUCGAGGAAAAAACCGGAUUUUUUGGAGCACAAGAAUCUUCAGCACAGGUAUGAAGAAAGACGCGGAACUGCACUGCUGGAAAGUCUACGAGAAAUGGAAAGCAAAAAAGGGCAGUUAGGUGUCAGUUCCGAGUUAUUUCGGGAAAAGAGUAGUACGAACAACGAGAACGUUGUGAGCAGUAGUCAGUCGAUACGGUACCCAUGUCCAGCUGCUCCAGAGCGGAAGAACAAAGGCGAGCCCUUCAUUAAUUCCAUGGCAUCGACAGAGCUUGAAGAACUUAACUCGGAUUUGAAUGAAAAAUGA